AGCAGAACCACAUAAUUAUCAUCAACAACUAUUUUUAAAGGAAAUGAACACAAAAGCGAACUUUGCUCAGAGAAACUCUUUUUACAAAGAACAAAAUUUUUCAUGUGAGUCCAUGACAGAAAGUGAUGGUUUACCUAUUUCACCUAAAGCUGAACAGACAUGGCAUUGUUUUCUUAGUCCUACGUGUGUUUUACAUUUCCUUUCUCACUUCAGUCAGUCACAACAGGGCCAUUCAUACUGAACGUAAAACAUAACAUGACUCCAGUUUAUUUCCUCUUCUGCUGUAUGGUGUUAAAUAAUUUUAUUCAUGUGUUACAAAUCUGCUUUCUAUUGAGUUUUUCCUCUUGUAUUUUAGUAAUGUGGCCAAACCAAAAUUAGAGAUGUGUCUGUCUGUUCAAUCAGAAUCGUGAUCACCUGGCAGAAGGGAGGGGCCCCGAGAUGGACAGGAUUGAUCUAGCAGUGGGAGAAGGCAGAACAACUGAACAGUCAGUGGUAAUGCAGAGGGCAGGUUCAGACAUGAUUUACACCAUUGAAGAUGUCCCUCCAUGGUACCUGUGUAUUCUACUUGGACUACAGCAUUACCUCACGUGUUUCAGUGGAACUGUAGCCGUACCAUUUCUCCUGGCCGAGGCCAUGUGUGUCAGCCGGGACCAGAAUACCAUCAGUCAGCUGAUCGGAACCAUUUUCACCACCGUCGGAAUCACGACUCUAAUCCAGACCACUGUCGGAAUCAGACUUCCCUUGUUUCAGGCCAGUGCAUUUGCUUUCCUGAUUCCGGCUCAGGCGAUUCUCAGUCUAGAGCGCUGGAGGUGUCCUAGUGAAGAGGAGAUUUAUGGGAACUGGAGUCUUCCACUGAACACCUCACACAUCUGGCAGCCACGCAUCAGAGAGAUCCAGGGUGCCAUCAUUGUGUCCAGUCUGGUGGAGCUUGUGAUUGGUUUGUGUGGGUUGCCAGGUUUGCUGCUGGACUAUAUCGGUCCUCUCACCAUCACGCCAACUGUCUCACUGAUUGGCCUGUCUGUCUUCACCACAGCUGGAGACCGAGCCGGGUCUCACUGGGGCUUGUCAGCACUGUGUAUUAUGCUCAUCAUGCUGUUUGCACAGUACUUGAGAACAACUUCAGUUCCACUUCCUGCUUACAGCAAAAAUAAAGGACUAGCAUUCACCAGAGUCCAGAUCUUCAAAAUGUUUCCUAUCAUCCUUGCGAUCAUGCUGGUUUGGCUUGUUUGUUACAUUCUAACUCUGACUGACGUGUUGCCACGCGAACCCGAUCGCUAUGGACACAAAGCUCGGACAGAUGCCCGUGGUGACAUCAUGACUUCAUCACCCUGGUUCAGGGUACCCUACCCCUGCCAGUGGGGGUUACCGGUGGUGACGGUUGCCGGGGUGUUUGGGAUGCUGAGUGCAACCCUGGUGGGAAUUGUGGAGUCGAUCGGAGAUUAUUAUGCCUGUGCUCGUUUGUCUGGUGCCCCGCCCCCUCCAGUCCAUGCCAUCAACAGAGGGAUCUUCACUGAGGGUUUCUGCUGCAUCAUUGCUGGUCUUUUAGGCACUGGAAAUGGCUCCACCUCCUCCAGUCCAAAUAUAGGUGUUCUAGGCAUCACCAAGGUAGGCAGCAGGCGGGUGGUGCAGUAUGGAGCAGGUAUCAUGUUCCUGUUGGGAGCAGUUGGGAAGUUUACAGCUCUGUUUGCCUCUCUGCCGGAUCCGAUUCUUGGAGGGAUGUUCUGCACACUGUUUGGUAUGAUCACAGCUGUCGGCCUGUCUAACCUGCAGUUGGUGGAUUUGAACUCAUCCAGAAACCUUUUUGUUCUUGGGUUCUCUAUGUUCUUUGGACUGAUGAUGCCAGCGUACCUGGACACGCACCCCAACUCCAUCCACACAGGUCUUGCAGAGUUGGAUCAGAUUCUGACGGUUCUUCUGUCCACUGAGAUGUUUGUUGGAGGUUUUCUGGCUUUUUGUCUUGACAACACAAUACCAGGUUCUAGACAGGAGCGAGGUUUAGUAGAGUGGAGAUCUUCCUCCUCCUGCUCCUCCUCCUCCUAUGAUCUUCCUCUGGGGAUGGGUGUGGUCAGGAAGACCCGCUGGCUCCGAUGGCUUCCCAUCAGCCCCUCCUUCAGAGGUUUUAGGGCUUCCGUUGACCUGCCAAUACCUGAGGAGGAGGAGCGAGGAAAAGAAGAACAAGCUUAUGACAGCCACCUGCCCAGCACAAAGGUGUGA